UUUUUCUAUGGACGAGAAGACAUCCCCUCUGCUCGAACAGACCGCUCUCUUGCCCAAAUCCCCGCGCGGAUUCGCUGGAAUCCGAAAAAAAUGGAGGGUCUGGAAAAAAGGGCUAUCAUGCAAGAUGAUUGCAUUGAUGGUCUUUCUUGUACUUGCUGCAACAGCCAAUCGCGUCUCUUUCAAAGUUAUGACAAACUCCACAGUCUUUAGGAUAGACGAAAAUGGAACACCAAUCUCCUAUUACAGUACUUUUAUCACUCAAUUUACCACCAUGGCAUUUAUUCCGAUUGGUUGGGCCGUCGUCUUGUAUCUGAGCCUGUAUACAAACUACAUCACUCCACAAAUGCGGAAAUUUCCCAUCUGGAAGUACAUGGUCAUGGGGCUGCUUGAUGCCCUGUCCGGAAUUCUAAUGGUAUGCGGCGGCGCCGGAACGCCUGGUCCGCUUCAACUAAUGCUGAUUCAAGGCGCGAUCCCGCUUACGAUGUUGUUCAGCUUUUUCAUGACUAUUCCUGUCAUUUCGACGUACAUCGGCACGCGUCUUGAGCUGAGGUACAGGUGGACGCACGUUUUCGGAGCAGUGUUGAUUUUCGGGACGGUGGUGGGCUCGAUACUCCCUAUUGUUCUGAAAGGCGGCGGUCAGGGAAUCAAUCCCAGUUACACGGUGAUGUUCAUCGUGAGUGUCAUCCCCCUCGCCCUGUCGUCCGUCUACAAGGAACUCGCAUUCAAGGACAUUAAUCUAGACAUUUACCUCGUCAGCGCGUGGGUCUCCACAUUUCAGCUCCUCCUAGGGUUCCUCACUCUCCCCCUGUCUGUUCUGUCCGAGUCAGACCCCCUGUCUGCCCUCAAGCGAAUCCCCUCCGACCUCUAUAAUGGCACUCUGUGCUUCUUCGGGUACAACACUCUCGGACCGAAAUUCGUAAAUAACUUGUGCGCCGAGAGGCUGGUCUGGCUCCACGUCCUGGCCUACAUUUUCUUCAAUAUCCUGUAUAACAUCGCGAUCUUGCUGCUCAUCAAGUAUGGCUCCGCCUCUCUGUCUCAGCUCGCCUCCACAAUUACGCUUCCCUUGACCAACAUCUGUUUCACGCUGAAAUUCGUCAUGAACGAGUUCCCCCCCCCUGCCCCCCGCUUCUAUCCCACCCAACCUCCCGAAAGACGUAGAUUACAAUAACUACACCAACUCGUUCAGCGCCAUAGAUAUCGCGCUGUUCGUCCUCAUUCUUAUCGGGCUCUGCAUAUAUCGCCUCUACCCCGAGAACCCUCCGCCUAAAGCAAUUCCCCCCACCGACAUAGACGUAGCCCCCGAGCCUAAUUUCUAAAAAAGACGUCCCGCGCGGACCUCGUAUCGGUUACCAAUCCCUGCUUUUUUUUUUUCUCCCUUUCGCGUGACCCCACUUGU